AUGACAAGAUUUAGACCGUGUAUAGAUUUGCACGCCGGCCAAGUCAAACAGAUUGUUGGCGGCACGCUCGACAACACAUCAGAGGCACUCCAGACAAACUACGUCUCUCAGCAUCCGGCCGCGUAUUACGCUCAAUUAUACAAAGAAAAUGCUCUCGAGGGCUGCCAUGUUAUCAUGUUGGGCCCGGGAAACGAGAAGUCGGCCAGACAAGCUCUUCAGGCGUGGCCGGGGCAUCUCCAGGUCGGAGGUGGCAUAAACGACAAGAAUGCAACCGAGUGGAUAGAGGCCGGAGCUUCCAAGGUCAUCAUCACUUCAUACCUUUUCCCCGAAGGUCAUUUCAGCCAGGCGAGGUUGGACGCGGUGCUCGAGCAACUGGGCGGCGACAAGGACAAGCUCGUCAUUGACCUCAGCUGUCGCCGCCGCGGGGAGGACAGUUGGUUUGUUGCCAUGAACAAGUGGCAGACGAUCACAGACAUGGAGGUCAACCAAGCAUCCAUCAAGGCACUAGAGCCGUACUGCUCCGAGUUCCUCAUACACGCCGCCGACAACGAGGGGCUCCAGCGAGGAGUAGACGAGAAGUUGGUCGAGCGGCUGGCGGGCUGGUGCACCAUCCCCGUCACCUACGCCGGCGGAGGCAGGAAUCUUCAGGACCUGGAGCUGGUGAAGAAACUCAGUGGGGGAAAGGUUGACUUGACGAUUGGGAGCGCCCUCGACUGCUUCGGUGGGUCUGGUGUCAAGUUUGAUGACUGCGUAGAUUGGAACAGACAGCAGAUAUGA